CCAGCUUGCUUCUCUCUGAUUUGGGACACCGCCGCAGGAUGUCUCAAUCCACUGCUGAGUCCGUCGAGACGGCGGCGAAGCAGGCUGACUACAAGGCCAUGCUCAACACCCGCAAGAAUGUCCAGAAGGACCCCGCCUUUGCCCUUGCCACUGAAUCUCAGAAGUCGGCCAUGUUUAAAAUGGCCAUGAGAGAGACCAUGGAGAGACGACGCUCCCGCGGACAAGACACCGUGUCCAAGAUGGCCGCGUUCAGAGCGGGACAGUAUCGCGGUUCUGGUUUUCAGACCCUUGUGCCCAUCGCCGAUUUUCUCAGAAACAAAGGAUGGGUGCCUUCUGACCCUACUGGCGCUCAACAACGUGACGCCGCUCUCGGUGGCAGCAGUUCCCUGAGAGGUGCGCCCGUGGCUGGCAUGGAGGGAGGGGACAGCCCUCUCGCUGAUGCCUAUGGCAUGCCGAGUGCCCCCGGUAGACACGGCUUCGUUGCGCAUGGCUACCCCACCUCGGUUCCUCUCCGUCGUGACCAGCGCGAUGUGAAUCCCGUCGAGGGCCACCACCUGUCCUCUCCGGCCCGGCCCAGCAUCAAGCCGGCCCCUGAGGCGUUCGCCAGCAUGAGCCCCGAGCCGAUGCUGGCCACGAUUGAGGGAGAUGUCUCCGCGAAUGACAUUGGUGACUCGAUGACCCGCCUGCAGACCGAGAUGGGCUACUUGCGCACCAUCUGCGACAAUGUCGCUUCGAACAACGCGCACGUCCGCGAUGAGUUUGGAAGAAUCGAGGCUGAGAUGGGCCUUGAGAAGGGCCGGGUGGACAAUCAGGAGGCCCGGAUGACACGCCUGGAGAAUGUGGUCCAUGCCCUGCAGAACACGUCUCUGAGCGCCAUCGUGGACAAGAUGAACGAGCUGGAGAAUGCUGUGGAGGAGCUCAAGGCCAAGGUCGGAGGAGGCUGUGACGCCGAGAUCGCGAACAUGCGGGAGGUCAUGGGAGGGCUGAAGAACCUCCUGGACCGGGUGGGCGGUUUUGCCUAG